GAUACCAAGGAGGUAGUACCACCUAUUUCUUCCAGAAAUCAGGCUCCGAUUAAACUUAAGCGUAUUCCCAUAGUGAACAAGCCAGCUCCUACAAUCGCAAAAACAGUUGAGAAGCAGUAUCCUGAAUUAUCUUUUUUAAGCGACAGUGAAGAAUUUCAUGAAUUUUAUCAAGUAUCCAGCGGGAAUCUUUGUCUUGUAUGGGGUAAGAGCCAAUACGAGGAAAGUGGGAAGGCGCCUAUUUUUUGA